AUGGCCCCACACAAAAGAUCGCGGACCGGGUGCUGGACGUGCAGAGAAGCUGGGUACAAGUGCGAUGAACAGAAGCCAUGGUGUGGCCGAUGUAUGAGAUUGAAGAUUACAUGCCAAGGCUAUGGGAUCAAGUUGAAGUGGCAAGACGAUGGUGCCAGUACGUCGAAUAAGCCGCCUCAAAAAGCCAGGAAGAAUCAGAUUCGUCGUUCGGAACCAACAUCUAGUCCAAGCUCUACUUUGAGUAUCUCAUCAACACCCACCAUGAUAUCAAGCCCACAAGAUCUGCUCUCGUCGUCAGAUUCGGUUAGGAAUAUGGAUAGGCUACCAAAUACACUGCAGUCAACAUAUGGAUUGUCCCCGGCUGACCGGUGGCUGCUUCACUACUGGAUCGAUCAACUCUCGACGUUGAUUUCCGUUGCACCAAAGCAUAAUGGCAUGGCUCCAUUCCAGCUUCACUUGACAUCAAUGGCGUACGAAUCUCCAGCGCUCCGCUCUACAAUCCUCUCCAUGGCUGCAGCCCACAUGUCAUCAGCGUCGGGGGAUGUCACACUAUCCAUACAAGCCCAUCGACAUGAAAGAGAUGCGAUCCGUGAACUUCAGCAUAUGAUUCGAGCUCCGACUAAAGUAGAAAUGGAGCCAGCACUCGCCACUGUGAUGAUGAUGCAAGUUUCUGCGCGCUUGUUCGGCGAUGACGACGAGGCAAGCGUUGCGAACCAUCUCAUGGGUGCCAAAGCAAUGAUUGCGCACUUUGGUAAAGGUAGUCAGCCAACGUCAUCUCGUAUCCGAUUCCUUAUGAGUCUGUUCGCAUAUCAUGAUAUCCUGUCAUCAGUCUCAAGGGGCGCGCCGCCACUGAUCAACCAUGAAUCGGACUUUGCAGCCGUGGAAGGCGAGAGGGACAUGCAGAGCAUCGCCAAGGUUUUACUGAUCGUGGCACGUAUUAGUGAGCUGCAGGACAGGAUUCGACAGCGAAGAGUAGGAACAGAAGAAGCUGCCCUGAAUGAGGAAGAAGACGCUAUUGGAAGAGAGCUCCAACAGAGGUUACUUGCCAUGGACUUUACGUGUUCGACAACCACUGCAACCGUCAAUGGUUCUGAUAUUAGCUGUACGGCCGAGGCAUACAGACACGCAGCAUUUAUCUACCUUUACCGAACCUGGCUCGAUAUCGGCGCACCCAAUCGCAUCAGUGUUGAUCACGUCAAGCGGUGUCUGCAAUACAUUGAGCGAGUAGAGGUUAGCUCUCCUGUUACCUCUGCACACGUGUGGCCGCUGUUCACGGCAGGCUGCGAAGCCAUUGACGAGGAGCAACGCGACUUUGUACGAAAUCGUUUCGGUGCCAUGUACACUUUGAAGCGGUUCCCGAGCUUGAAGCGAGUGAUGAGAGAUAUCGAGGAUGUAUGGGUUGCCAAGGAUUUGGAGCAGCAGAUGAAGGGGCAAGACGGGAUGGCCAAAGUGGAUUGUAUACAGGUUAUCCUAAAACGGAGAGGUCGUGAGGUAGACCUUGCAUAG